CUCUGAACCGCUCAAAGAUCAAAUUAUAUCAAGUCACCCCUUUCUCUUGAAGGCCCAGAAGGCUAUAGUUCAUAUCAAUCUCUCUUUCACUCAUUCUCCCCAUCCACCCAAAAGCCAUGGUGGACAAUAACCCCCCUAAUCCUCAUGCUAUUCUGAUCCCAUACCCUCUACAAGGCCAUGUCAUCCCCUUCGUCCACCUGGCCAUCAAGCUUGCCUCUAAUGGCUUCACCAUCACGUUCGUCAACACCCAGUCUGUUCACCACCAGAUCUCCCAAGCCCAACCUCACAAUUCCCCAGAAGAUAUCUUUGCCGGUGCCCGAAACUCUGGUCUCGACAUCCGUUACGCCACCGUCAGCGAUGGCUUUCCUGUUGGCUUCGACCGUUCCCUCAACCACGACCAGUUCAUGGAGGGAAUUCUCCACGUUUACUCCGCCCACGUCGACGAACUCGUCGGAAGUAUUGUCCACUCCGACCCUCCGGCCACUUGCUUGAUCGCUGACACCUUCUACGUCUGGCCCUCCAAGAUUUCCAACAAGUACAAUCUCGUUAACGUCUCUUUCUGGACCGAGCCAGCUUUGGUCCUCAGUCUCUACUAUCACAUGCACCUGCUUAGAAGCCAUGGUCACUUCGCUUCUUUUGACAACCGUGAGGACGCCAUCGAUUACAUACCUGGAGUCCCAGAAAUCAAACCGACGGACCUAACGUCAUACCUUCAAGCCACGGACAUAACAACCGUGGUUCACCGUAUUAUUUACAAGGCCUUUGAUGACGUGAAGAGAGCUGAUUUCAUCAUAUGCAACACAGUUGAAGAACUCGAAUCAAACACCAUCUCAGCUAUCCAUCAGAAGCAGCCAUACUAUGCAAUUGGGCCCCUCUUCCCCACUGGCUUCACCAAGAGCCCCGUGCCCAUGAACAUGUGGUCUGAGUCUGACUGCGCCCACUGGCUCACCGCCAGGCCUAAUGGCUCGGUGUUGUACCUCUCUUUUGGUAGCUACGCUCACACCAGUAAGCAUAACAUAGUGGAGAUUGCCCAUGGACUUUUGCUCAGUGGUGUGAAUUUUAUUUGGGUGAUUCGCCCGGACAUCGUCAGCAGCGAUGAGCCCCAGCCACUGCCCGUUGGAUUCGAAGAUCAGAUUAAGGACAGAGGGUUGAUUGUGCCAUGGUGCUCUCAGAUUGAGGUCAUCUCGCAUCCGGCCAUCGGAGGGUUCGUAACUCACUGUGGGUGGAAUUCCAUCCUGGAGAGUGUAUGGUGUACGGUUCCCCUGCUGUGUUACCCUCUGUUGACCGACCAGUUUACUAAUAGGAAAUUGGUGGUGGAUGAUUGGAAGAUCGGGAUCAACCUCUGUGAUGGGAGGCGAAUGACAAGGGAGGAAGUUUCGGAGAAGAUCAGCCGUGUGAUGUUUGGGAAAACGGCUGAUGAUUUGAGAAAGCAGAUCAAGGAUGUGAGAAAGACACUCGAGAAUGCGGUGAGCCCCGUCGGAUCUUCGGAAAGGAAUUUCAGUCAGUUCGUGAAGGAGGCAGGGGACAAGAUUCAGGAAAAAAAAAAAGUUCGGAUGAGGUGAACCCAUGUAUUUUGACGGUUUGCUUUUGUUAAAUCAGUCAAACAGUGACUAAGAAAUGGUCGACCACUCCAUGCCCAGUCCCUUCAUCGUUUCUCUUACUCUCAGCCCAGCCCAUUAUGGCAUUGGGAAAAAUCUGGUAAUUUCACUUGUCCUGAAAUUAUCAAACUGUUAGCCCAUUAGGAUUCGGAAGCCCAGAGCCCACUUCCUGCCCUUUUUGCUUACAUUGGGCCGGAAUGAUACGACUUCUUAUAAAAUGACCUCUUUUGUUGGACCCUAACAGCUCCACAACCCACAAACUGACCCGGAAUUCAAUGAAUGUAUUAUGACAUAUUCCUUAAA